CGAUUUUCUGCCACCCAUUUCGCAGAGUUGCUGACAAUGCAAAACGGCGACAGUGAUUCCGUCUUCAGUUUUAACAGCCUACACCCACCAAGAGACCAUGUUCGCUCCUCGAUAGACACUAGCUAGUAGAAGUGAUUGACAGUCUCAUAUCAGUGCCGAAGUGGCUUCUAGUCGUCUCCAGCGUCCAUCGAAAGUUGUUGUUCGUUUUCACGCGAUACAACACGGCAGAAACUAUUACUCAAGUUAAGACAACAAGAAGCCGUCUACUGUCUACCCAUUACAUCUACAACAGAUUACCAGCAGUGGUUGACUGUGGAAAAGCCAUAUUGACGAGUCUGAUUUUCAGAGAACAAUUGGGUCAUUCCCAUCAUCGCGACGGAGCCAGCUACUUUGGGGGACCAGAUCUCAGUUGAUAUCAGGUCUUGGACGUUUGGGCCAAAUUUGGCCCCAUCAUAACUCCAACUAUAAGGGAUAGCCAGAUAGAAGCAACCCUUUUCACAGCAACACAAUGAACAAGGAGACAGGAACCCAACAAACAAUGCCAUUGCCUGAAACAAAGCAACCCGAGCACGAACAGGGCCCAGGUGCGACCAUGACCAAGGAUAUCGACGUCGCAAAAGCUAAAGAUACAGAGGAAGAAACGGAAGAAGAUACUUUCGACGUGGAAAACAACUAUGGGUUUCCCUAUUCAGAGAUCAUGCCGUUGCCCCCGCUAGAGAUGCCUCGAUCCGCCACUAUUCCAGGCGCCGUGGCCGUCAACGGCGUUGGAGGAAGAUCAUUUAUGAGCAAUAACUGGGUGCUCGCAGAAGAGGGUUGGAACAAUUCCCCAGUCCCUGCGUUGGGCGUCCCCCAACAAAGCCCGCGAGUAUCUGCUGGGAAUACCAGUACUGGAUUGGUGGAGGCGCGACGAGUUUGUGACACAAGGGAGGGUCUGCCUCGUGCCACAGAAGUCAGAGCUACCGACACUGAACCGAAGCCUCGCUGCCGACUAGACCCGAGAAACGUUUGUGCUUUUUUUGUUUUGACAAUCUCGGCACUAGCACUUGGAUUGAGUUUCGGCCUUGGACGAACUGAGGACCCCUCUCCGGGGCACGCUCUACAUGUAUCUAGCAUUGACUCGAGUACAAAUACAACCAGUUUACUCUUGUCCCUGGCCCCAUCUGCAGCUCCCACCGAACCACUGGAUAAUCUGCGACAGGAACUACCCAACUACACCCUGGCAGCAUUAGAAACGUUCGGAACUCCACAGUGGCUAGCUAUGGACUGGCUCGGUCGCCAUCCAGAUAUAUACACAAUGGAAGACUGGCGCAAGAAGCAACUGUUUGCCCUUGGCACCAUCUUCCAUUCCUUGGGAGGACCCCAGUGGAAAGAAGAAGCAAAAAGAGAUUGGAUGCUAAAUGAUCUUGAUGAAUGUUAUUGGUUUUCUUCCAAAUUUACAGCACACUCGGAAGAUGUUGUAGAGGGACUCUCAGCCAUCGAGUAUGAUGAACAUCCAGAUCCCUGCAAUCAAAAUGGCGAGUUUGUUGCUCUCUACCUUGCUAGGGUCGAUGCUUCUGGCAGCCUUCCACCAGAGGUUGAGCUCUUGCCCAGCCUUGCCGUCAUUGUCCUAGCUCGCCUUACAAACGAUCCACCACGAGACAUCUCGGAAGUCUUACCCACUCAAUUGCGAAAUCUACAACAUUUGGAGGCAUUGCAAGUUGGACCUACAAAUAGCAUUGGCGCUUUUCCCAGUCUAUUGCUGGAUAUAAAAAGCCUGAAAUACCUGGCUGUCAUCGAGAUGUCCCUGUCGGGCACCAUUCCAACAGGCAUUGGCAGUUUGUCUUCACUUGAGCUCCUUCGCAUCUACGGCUGCAACCUGACUGGUACAAUUGCUACGGAAUUUGGUUUGUUGUCAAACUUGAAACAGUUGCAUCUAUACAACAAUCUUCUGUCUGGAACUCUGCCGACUGAAUUGGUACAAGUAUCCUCUCUCGAGAGGAUAGUUGUCCAUUUAAAUCGCCUGACAGGAACCAUCCAGACUGAAAUCUUCUCACUACCAAACUUGGAGGAGGUUUCCAUUGAUUCCAAUUCUUUCACGGGCACGAUCCCGAGUGAAAUAGGCAAGGCGUCCUUACUCCAAAUCGCAGGCCUUCAAUUGAAUUCUCUAACUGGGACGGUGCCAACGGAAGUUUUCUCUUUACCGUACCUUGGUCUGAUAGGACUAGCUGCCAAUCCAAUUACAGGAGUUCUUCCAUCAGAGGUUGGUAUGUUGCCGCAUGUCCAAGGAAUGGACUUUAGUUACACUGGCCUGACCGGAAGCAUCCCUAGCGAAUUGGGCCUUGCCAAGACAUUGGCAGGUCUAUCUCUCGAAGGCAGCGGAUUUACAGGUUCAAUCCCUCCAGAACUCUUUGGCUUGAGCAACCUCAAUGUCCUUGCACUGGGCCGAACUGGUCUCACUGGAUCCUUUCCUACAGAUUUUGGAAAGUUACCCUACUUUCAAGGCCUUUACCUAAUGGGCACUCGACUUUCUGGCAGUAUCCCUUCAGAGUUGGGUCAGCUGCCAUACCUUGGCGUAUUGGAUUUGUCCAACAUGCCCUUGCUGACGGGUUCCAUCCCCCAAGAGCUAUCCAGUUUGAACUUUGAUGUAGUGAAACUUGGUGGAAGCACCCAACUGACCGGUACCGUUCCGGAACAGUUCUGCAGUAUUGGUGCUGAAUCUUGUCCAUUGAGCGGUCAAAAGUAUUGGUGGCUGGAGUAUCGUAUUGAUACCACGGAAUGCAUCCUGGAGUUUGGUUGCAGCGAUACGCUUUGUGGGUGUGACUGUGACUGCCCAGCGACUGCAGUAAAUGGAACCAUAUGAGUGCCUUUCGCUGCGUCGGAGACGAUUGGAGGAAAUAGACGAGUCACCUUUGUGACGUUUGCGUUGGCUGCUUGUUUCGCAAAACAGAGCACUGCCUCGAUGGUGUUCGCAUGGGGCUCUUUCGCUUUUGUUGGAGCAGCUUCUUGCGUUGGUUCGUUCUUUUUUUCUUCCGACUCGACUCAACGUUUGCUCUUGCGUCGGCAUCCGCAGCAAAAGCUUGUUGUACCUCGGCCUGUUACAAGGGUUCUUGAGAAUCGCAGAUCCUUAAAAUACUUAGCUCCACCAAUGCCAGCAACCAAUGCCAGCCACACCUUCCAUCCUUUCUGGCGACCUUUAUUUGCAUUGCCGCCAUUAUUAAGCAUCCGAACCAGCAAUGGAAGAACAUCGUUUCCACAGGAUCAGUGCGUCCCGCGGAGUUGAAAUUGCUCUGUAUGUCGAUGCCCGUUUCAAUGCAUUCUUCAACAACAAGACGGGAACAAUGGACAGAUAUGACAGCGAGGAUCUGUUGACGAACAGUUCUUCGAUGUACUCAUCGCUGCACUAAGCGACAUGAUCGGUUAAAGCCUUGAUAAUCAAAACAGCCACGGCGUUUUCUCGGAGAUUAUCCAACCAGCAGUCAGGUAAGGACAUUGGCCGCUGUUCUUGGGUCCGGGCAGCUGGUAGAUUCAACUCUAACGGCCAUAAACGCUGUCAGGUUGGCAAAUCUUUCUUUUUUUUCAAGGGCAAGGAUAAUAUAUUCUCUGCCCUUCUCGCAGCGGCGUACCUCGCAUCAACACUAUGGUUGCUCAGAGCCUUCUGCUCGAACUCAACGUGUAUUCCCAUGCAGUAUUACACCAAUGAACAACGAGCGUUGUAAAAUCGCCAUCUAGGUGGUGCAAGUCCAAAGAAACAAUUUCUGCAUCAAAUCUCAGUGUGCCAGAGAUGCAUACAUGUACUCGUUCAUGAUGGGUAAAAAGGGUAUCCAUAGAAUUCUUCCAAGAAAGUUGAGAGAGCCAUGCCAUUACAGGUACAUAGAACCAUUAGAGGUACCGGUACGUGUUGAGACAAUGAGGGCUACCGCGAACAACCAAGCCAGCUGAAGUCACGUGCUGAGCUUCGCUGGAGAGUAUCUCUCCCACGGGCCCUGAUAUGAUAGGAAGCGACGCUUUGACGGAAGCCCAAAGUGCUAUUGACUUUUUCUCUGGUUCCUUCUCAACGGCCGGCCAGGAACUCUUUGGACUUGGCCCCUGAUGGUGAGCUGGCUUCUGUGAUUCUGUCCAUUGAGCCUGCUGUCCUCUGACGAUUGCAAGACCCGGCAAGUAAACCUUAGUAAAUUUGGAUCAAUCAAUUUCAAUAACAUAAGAGUCGUCAGGA